CCAUAAAUUUCACAUUGGGUAAAAUUUCCAGUAUAAAAUUGCAAAUUUUGAAAAACUCAGAAAUAAUUGACACUUACUAGUAGAAUUUUUGAAAAAUUCCGAUAUUAAUUCAUAUCAAAUAUUUCAAAUACACUAUCCAAAAUCUAGUUGUCGUCGGAAAUUUCAAAUUUCCUAUCCGAAAUUUUGUUCCAACAUUUGAUUCCCAUUCCCAUUUUGAACAAGGAUAGUUUUGAAAUAAUCAAAAUAGGGGUGAAGUUAAAUUCUCUAUGGGUGCAAAGAAAAAAAAAAAGCUUAGCGGUUGAGCCCAACCACAUAACAUUACAGAAAGAAAGCGAACGUGAGCGAGACAGAGGGACGGCGGCGAACGGAGGAGAAGGAUGAGAUUCUUUCAUCUCCAUUUCUUCUUCAGUAUGCAGGUUAACAUGAUUUGAUUAAAAAUGGGUAAAAAGGGAGUUAAGGAGUUCAGUUGCUCUGAUUCAGACUCUAACUCACAUCAAGUGAUUUCAAAGCUGCUUCUCCCUCAAGACUUGAUUUUUGAUAUCCUUACUUUUCUUUCUAUAAAUUGUUUAACUAACUCUGCAAUGUAUGUUUGUAAGACUUGGGCUGCUACUAUUACCAGCUUCCGAUUUGCUGAAGCCCAUCAACGCCGUGCACGCUCUAAACAUGGUCUUUACGUUCAAUGUUUGGUGUCAGGGAUUAGUUCCUAUUUCUUGGAAUUCAAAAAUGAUGAUGUGAAUGGCCAAUACGAAAGGUUUGAUUUGGGAACACCCGAAGGAAUGGGAGAUGUAAUCGCUAGUUGUGAUGGCAUAUGGCUUCUAUCAAAUGAUUCUAGCCAAAAUUUUGCCGCGAACCCCUGUCUCAAGUGCUGGCUUAGAAUUCCUUCUUUUCCUAGUUCUGUGCGACUUGAAAAUAUGAUCAUUAGGUUUCAGUGUACUAUAGCACGUGUUCCUGGCACUUCCGAAUUCAAAGUGUUUCUUUUGGAUGUCCUUGAUGUUUUGGGUUCUGCGUGGUUUUUUUUCUAUGUGCUGACAAUUGGAAUAGAUAACUCAUGGAAAGAGAUAGCUAGAAGAGAAGCUCCCCUUAACCAAUUACUUUGUUGGAAACCAAUUUAUAAUGGAGGCAAUGAUCUUUACUGGGUAACAAUGGAUGAAGUGAUUGUGAUGAAUGUUGACAAGGAAAUUGUUGUAAGUGAAUAUCCGAUUCGUGGUUGUUUGGUUGAUGGUUUGGGUAAAACAUUUUUAUGGAUGGGAGAUUGCCUUUCUUGUAUUGACCAUGAAGAUAUUUAUGGAACAUUUAAAAUCUUCGUUUUGAAUUUUGAUUCAAGAAAAUGGUCUCUUUAUCAUGAGAUGGGACCUUUUGAUUACGGGGCUGCAUGUGGUCAUGAACUUCAUGUUUCGUCCGUGUCCUUUCGUAUGUGGAUCAAUGAUCAAAUUAUCUUUCACGCCGAUGAAGGUUUUGCCAGCUUGAAAAACAUACAUUUUGGUUACAAUGUCAAAACGAGACAAUUAACAAAGAUUGACGGCAUUGAUAAGGGCGGUUUUGUGGUAUGUCGUCACAUCAACAGUCUAGCUUCAUUGCCAAGUACAACUACUGAUGUCUAAUGGUGUUUGCUUAGUGACUUUUAUUGACAAUUGACUACUUGGACUGAGACAACUCCUGUGCUCUUUGUUGCUUUUCUUAACCUCAGAAGACAAACACAGUUGAAAAUGUUUUUCAUAUUAGCAAUAGCAAUGUGUUGUAAGCAUCUGUCUACAAUGUCAUACAAAAAGACAAUGUAUAAUGCUUGUCCAUACUAAACAUUCAACUUGUGAUUUAGUUUCCUUAUUACCUUUUAUCUUGUUUUUUUUUUUGUGUGUGUGCAUGUGUUUAGUGAUGUUUUGUGCUUGGCAUAGUCAAGCAGGCUUGCCUAACUUUAAAAUGGCGCUCCUAAGAUAACUUUAGGAUAAAUAAUAGUUCUUGUAACUUGAAACAUCUUAGAUCUAGGUCAAUGCAUAUGACCAGAGUGGUUUAUGGACUUUGUAUGAUAGCAGUAUGCU